UUUUUUUUUUUUUUUUUAUUCCCUCUCUUUGGCUCCCUCCUUCCGCGCGAGUCUCAGGAGAAGCCGCAGCGCAAGGCGCCGCUGCUGCCACCCGGGGCCCGCUCACCUCGCGCCAUGGACUGGCAGCCAGAUGAGCAGGGCCUGCAGCAGGUCCUGCAGCUGCUCAAAGACUCGCAGUCGCCAAACACAGCCACGCAGCGCAUCGUGCAGGAUAAACUCAAACAACUGAACCAGUUUCCCGACUUCAACAACUACCUGAUCUUUGUCCUGACCAGACUCAAGUCGGAAGACGAGCCGACUCGGUCCCUCAGCGGUCUCAUCCUCAAGAACAACGUGAAGGCACAUUACCAGAGCUUUCCGCCACCCGUGGCCGACUUCAUCAAACAGGAGUGUCUCAACAACAUUGGCGAUGCCUCCUCACUCAUCCGAGCCACCAUAGGCAUUCUCAUCACCACCAUCGCUUCCAAGGGCGAGCUGCAGAUGUGGCCCGAGCUGCUGCCCCAGCUGUGCAACCUGCUCAACUCGGAAGAUUACAACACUUGCGAGGGGGCCUUCGGAGCCCUGCAGAAGAUCUGCGAAGACUCAUCUGAGCUCCUGGACAGCGAUGCCCUCAACAGGCCCCUCAACAUCAUGAUCCCCAAGUUCUUACAGUUCUUCAAGCACUGCAGCCCAAAGAUCCGGUCCCAUGCCAUAGCCUGUGUGAACCAGUUCAUCAUGGACCGGGCCCAGGCGCUGAUGGACAACAUCGACACCUUCAUCGAGCACCUGUUCGCCCUGGCCGUGGACGACGACCCUGAGGUGCGGAAGAACGUGUGCCGUGCCCUGGUGAUGCUGCUGGAAGUGCGGAUCGACAGGCUCAUCCCCCACAUGCACAGCAUCAUCCAGUACAUGCUGCAGAGGACCCAGGACCACGAUGAGAACGUGGCUCUGGAGGCCUGUGAGUUCUGGCUGACGCUGGCCGAGCAGCCCAUCUGCAAGGAAGUCCUGGCCUCCCACCUGGUCCAGUUGAUCCCCAUCCUGGUCAACGGGAUGAAGUACUCAGAAAUCGACAUCAUUCUGCUCAAGGGGGACGUGGAAGAGGACGAGGCGGUCCCCGACAGCGAGCAGGACAUCAAGCCACGUUUCCAUAAGUCGCGCACAGUGACGCUGCCCCAUGAGGCCGAGCGGCCUGAUGGCUCAGAGGACGCAGAGGACGAUGACGACGAUGAUGCUUUGUCCGACUGGAAUCUGAGGAAGUGCUCGGCAGCUGCGCUGGACGUCCUGGCCAACGUCUUCCGGGAGGAGCUGCUACCCCACCUUCUCCCCCUGCUCAAGGGGCUCCUUUUCCACCCUGAGUGGGUGGUCAAAGAGUCGGGCAUCCUGGUGCUGGGCGCCAUCGCGGAAGGCUGCAUGCAGGGCAUGGUGCCCUACCUGCCCGAGCUGAUCCCGCACCUCAUCCAGUGCCUGUCGGACAAGAAGGCCCUGGUCCGCUCCAUUGCCUGCUGGACGCUGAGCCGCUAUGCCCACUGGGUGGUCAGUCAGCCACCUGACAUGCACCUCAAGCCUCUGAUGACAGAGCUGCUCAAGCGCAUCCUGGAUGGCAACAAGAGGGUGCAGGAGGCGGCCUGCAGUGCCUUCGCCACCCUGGAGGAGGAGGCCUGCACAGAGCUGGUGCCCUACCUCAGCUAUAUCCUUGACACCCUCGUCUUCGCCUUCGGCAAGUACCAGCACAAGAACCUGCUCAUCCUCUACGACGCCAUCGGCACCCUGGCUGACUCUGUGGGCCACCACCUCAACCAGCCGGAAUACAUCCAGAAGCUGAUGCCUCCGCUGAUCCAGAAGUGGAACGAGCUCAAGGACGAAGACAAGGACCUCUUCCCUCUGCUAGAGUGCCUGUCAUCGGUGGCCACCGCCCUGCAGAGCGGCUUCCUGCCCUACUGUGAGCCAGUCUACCAGCGCUGCGUCACCCUGGUGCAGAAGACCCUGGCCCAGGCCAUGAUGUACACCCAGCACCCUGAGCAGUAUGAGGCCCCCGACAAGGACUUCAUGAUCGUGGCACUGGACCUGCUCAGCGGCCUGGCCGAGGGCCUGGGCGGCCACGUGGAACAGCUGGUGGCCCGCAGCAACAUCAUGACGCUGCUCUUCCAGUGCAUGCAGGACUCCAUGCCUGAGGUCCGGCAGAGUUCCUUCGCCCUCCUGGGAGAUCUCACCAAAGCCUGCUUCAUCCACGUCAAGCCCUGUAUCGCCGAGUUCAUGCCCAUCCUGGGCACCAACCUGAACCCUGAGUUCAUCUCUGUCUGCAACAAUGCCACCUGGGCCAUCGGCGAGAUCUGCAUGCAGAUGGGGGCAGAGAUGCAGCCCUACGUGCAGAUGGUCCUCAACAACCUGGUGGAGAUCAUCAACCGGCCCAACACCCCCAAGACGCUGCUGGAAAACACAGGUCGCCUGACGAGUCCCUCUGCCAUUCCAGCCAUCACCAUCGGCCGCCUGGGCUACGUGUGCCCACAGGAGGUGGCACCCAUGCUGCAGCAGUUCAUCCGGCCUUGGUGCACGUCCCUCAGGAACAUCAGGGACAACGAGGAGAAGGACUCGGCCUUCCGAGGCAUCUGCAUGAUGAUAGGCGUCAACCCCGGGGGCGUCGUGCAGGACUUUAUUUUCUUCUGCGACGCCGUGGCUUCCUGGGUGAGCCCGAAGGAUGACCUUCGGGACAUGUUUUAUAAGAUUCUCCACGGCUUCAAAGACCAAGUCGGGGAGGAGAACUGGCAGCAGUUUUCUGAGCAGUUCCCGCCUCUGCUCAAGGAGAGGCUGGCCGCCUUCUAUGGGGUCUAGAUGAGCCUCGCGACCGCCAGGUUUCUGUCUGCGUCGUUGGAGGGGUUGCUGGGGAGCACGCUGCGUCCGGAAGUCGCCGUGCCCUGGUCGAGGGGGGUUAGGGAGGAGUGAGCGGGACCCAAAUCCAGACGCCUUCCCCGUCCACCUACCUGCCACGGGUGUGUGUGGCCUGCCGGCCAGCGGGCAAGUGGGUGGGGUCUCCACACUCAUCCUACAAACAGGGGAGGGGGGUGGGACUUCUUGGCAGCAAGGGCCCUUUGCUCAAUCGGGGUCACCUCGGGCAGCCCACCUGGGCCAGCCUCGUGGGAGGGAAGAUUCAACACGGCCGACCGAAUCCGGCUUAGGAUGAGGCGAGGGGAAAGCAGGCGGGGAGGGGGGUCCUUGUAGAGACACGUACACUCACAUGUACACACGUGGCCACACGCAUGUGCGGCGCUGCAGCCAGCCAGGCUGGGCCAGCCGCCCCACCAUUUCCCCGACUGCAUGGAGACAGUAGAAUUAGUGAACCCCUGAGUUAACCCGUAAGGCCUUCCGUGUAACCUGCAUCUAGAGUUUAAGAAGCUUCUGCUGUUUUGCCGGAAUUGGUGACUGGGGAGGGC